AUAAACCCUAAACGCUCGCGCCUUUGCAGAGAGAGAGAGAGAGAGAGAGAGAGAGAGAGACAAGCAGUAUCAACUAUUUUCCCUCGGCAGGAUUUUGUAAGAAAUGGAACAUGGGUCCUUAACUGAUCCCAGCCAAUCUACAUUUUCUUUGGUUGAUGAGGAUCAUACAUUUGCAAAUGCCGCCAGGUUCACUUUGAAUCAGGAUCCAAGAACAAAAUUUUGUGGGUACAGCAUUCCUCAUCCAUCGGAUAACCGAGUUAAUAUCAGAAUCCAGACAACAGGUGAUGCAGCAAAAGAUGUAUUCAACGAUUCAUGCCAGGAUCUCAUGGUGAUUUGCCAACACGUGAGGAGCACUUUUGACAAGGCUGUGGUUGAUUUUAGAAUGAGCAAAUCCGUAAACGGCAUGGAUAUUGACUCAAAUAAUUGAAGCCUCAUAUCUUAGUUUUGAUUAUAAAUCUAGUCCAUGACGGAUGCAUGGCAUGGACUUACAAGUUUGACGUUGUUUGCUUGUGUUGUGCAUUGUAUAGCAAAACUAUUUGUAAUGGUUAUAAAGAACUUGCAAGAUCCUCACCCUUGGAUACAAAUCUUAUUUGGGAAUAGGAAGGGCGAAAAACGCUAUUUUUCUAA